CUUGGAGCCGCUCGCCAGGCUCUUUCCCGGGAUCGUCGGCGCCACCCAUGGCCGAUGUGCUCGAGCCAGACCCCGGCAUAGCCGAGGGCGCAGCGGCCCAAGACUUGGAGACGCCGGGCUGGAAGACCCCGGGGGACGCGGACUCCCAACCCGGAAGUUACGAGAUCCGACACUAUGGACCGGCCAAGUGGGUCAGCACCUCCGUUGAGUCAAUGGACUGGGAUUCCGCCAUCCAGACUGGCUUUACCAGGCUGAACAGCUACAUUCAAGGCAACAACGAGAAAGAGAUGAAAAUAAAGAUGACUGCUCCAGUGACAAGCUAUGUGAAGCCGGGUUCAGGUCCUUUUAGCGAGUCUACCAUUACCAUUUCCCUGUAUAUCCCCUCUGAGCAGCAAUCUGAUCCACCCAGGCCUUCAGAGUCAGAUGUCUUCAUUGAAGACAGAGCUGAAAUGACUGUGUUUGUACGGUCUUUCGAUGGAUUCUCUAGUGCCCAAAAGAAUCAAGAACAACUUUUGACAUUAGCAAGCGCUUUGAGGGAAGAAGGAAAAGUUUUCGAUGAAAAGGUUUACUACACUGCUGGCUACAACAGUCCUUUCAACUUGCUUAAUAGAAACAAUGAAGUGUGGCUGAUUCAGAAAAAUGAACCCUCCAAAGAAAAUGAAUGAGAAAAUCAAAGUUAGUUGUAUCACCAGGGGCUAAACUUCUGUUUAAUACAAAUAUCAGCACUACCUGAAAGUAAAAUGUAUGUCUAGUAUCUUCUACCUGAGAGUACUAUUUUGGAUUAAGCUUUUUCCAAUGUGCCUUUUUAAAGCUUUAUCUAGAUACACACAUAAUGGAGGACUAUAUUCUAUAAAUGCGUAAAGCGAUCAUAACCUUGGUAGUCUUUAGUUUUAUGUGGCUCUAGGGAAAUGUCAUAUUACUUCCCCUUCAUUGUAUGUAUUACAAUCAUAUUUCCUUUUUCCACUUGGAUUUCUGUCAGUCGGAUAUUAACCCCUCCAGGUAUUAUCAAUAAAAAUGUUAAAAAGAUUUA